AUGGCCAGGAUAAGAGAUAGUUCACGUGACGCGACACAGCAACCGACGAAAAUCGGACAUGACACGCCUCCGCGAGCACUGUCCCAGCCCACGAACACCCCACAGACAGCAAACAAAUAUGUCUGUCUAGAUGUCUCGCCCAGGAAGAAAGGCGGACAGGCCACAGAGCUCCAGAGAGAAAGACAGAAGAAAGUGGAAGGACCUGUUGAGGAACUGAAUGAUCUGGACAGCAUUAUUACGCAGAUUACCGAUCUUAGAAUACGGGCGGACCGGUCGGCGUUGCAAAUAAAAAGGAAUAUAUCAGCAUGCAGUUUUCUUGUUCGAAUGGGAGAAGACGAAUGGACAGAGAUGUGCAAGAGCCUUACCACUGCUGCGCUGACAGAUGGGGAGACAGAUUUUGUUGUCGAUCUAUUCAUACCAUUAAUGGAGUAUGACAUUUUUUGUGAAGUGAUGUGCACGGAGUUGAUGGCGUUAUGCUCUGCUUUCGUAAUGGAUGGGCCGAAUGGAAUCGGUAACAUUCCGUCUUUCAUAGGCGCUAUACUUUGUGCGAAUUGGCCACGCCAUAUCUCAAAGGCAAUAGACACGAUCAAUCCCAUAUUAUACACUGCUGUUUCUGUGGUUAAAGGCUGGCUUCUUGUGUUGGAAGAAGAUAACGAGGCCGCUGCAAAAGCGACAUGUUUAAGUGGUACAAAGGUUGAGGACGAAACUGUGCCAACAUCAAGCGAUCCAGGCAGAGAGGACGCAGAAAUAGUGAACAGGUGUGCCCAUUCCAUUUGCUUGCUGUGUGAGUCUGCGCAACGGUCGUUAUGGAUGAAGUGGCCAGAACUAUGCGAUGAAAUCUACUGUGUGAUUAAGCCGUGCAUCACUCACAAUCAAAUAAUAACAGGUGACGUCAAGUCAGGAUUGCUGCACACUCUCAUUUCUUUGAACGCUUGGACAAGAACGAAAGCAGUUACUUUAAAGAACUCACAAACGCAAACUAUUUCUAGUCAUUUGUGCCAUAACAGUCUCGCUAGGCUCCAUUCGCGAAGAUCAAUCCUCCUUUCAUCUUGCUCAACCACUCUGGAGGAAGUGACAUCUUGGGAAGCACACGAGACCGUUGAGAUUGUAGAGGAGAAUACCAAGGACAAAUGGAUACAUUUCUAUCGCUCACUCGAGAAAAUCGAAAAGCGACGAGAAUACAGGCGACAGGAGUGCUUGCAAUCUACAACAUCAGAGUGUGCGCCAUCCCAGCGCGGUGAAGCAGUUCCAUUGAGCAGCGACCUUCGGAACAAGCAGAAGCUCGAUCAGAUGUUAUCAAUGAAUGAGAGAAUGAGUGAGACAGAAUUGGCGGAAGGGUGA